UGUACUUGUAUUAUGCAAGGCAGAAAGGCUUUUGUUCGGCAGUUGUCCUCCUUACCUGGAUCCACAAAUCCGGUUAGCUGUCACACCCGACUUGUCUGUCAGUCACUUUGGACAGUUGACCUUGUGGCCCCUUUGCCUUACUCCCGUUUCUUUCGGAACAGUGUGCGGAAUUGGACGAAUUCGACUAGCCCAACUCUGAUCAGAAUGGCCGACAGAAAAUGGAAAGUAUGCCUCAUUGGCUCAGGAAACUGGGGCUCUGCCAUUGCCAAGAUCGUCGGCGAGAACGUUCAGCACCACAACGAUUUUGAGAACGACAUCAACAUGUGGGUGUUCGAGGAGCAGGUGGACGGCCGCAAUCUCACCGACAUCAUCAACACGGAGCACGAGAACGUCAAGUACCUGCCGGGAAUCAAGCUACCCAGCAAUGUGCGUGCCGUUCCCAAUGUCGUUGAUGCUGUACAGGACGCCACUAUCUUAGUGUUUGUCUUGCCACAUCAGUUCGUGAAGAGAAUCUGCAGUCAGAUUGGCGGCAAGAUUGCACCCGGCGCCAUGGCCAUUUCACUGAUCAAGGGUGUUGACGAGGCUAAGGGUGGCCUUGAACUGACAUCGACAGUGAUCGAGCGGGAGCUGGGUCUCGAUGUUGCCGUCCUCAUGGGUGCCAACAUUGCCAAUGAGGUCGCCCGGGAGCAAUUUUGCGAGACGACCAUUGGCUGCCGGUCAGAUGUGAUGGGUCCCAUUCUGAAGCGAGCCUUUGAGACUCCGUACUUCAGGGUGGCUCUCACGCAUGAUGUCUACACGGUCGAGCUCUGCGGUGCAUUGAAGAAUAUCGUUGCCUGCGCAGCUGGAUUCGCCGAUGGAUUGGGUUUCGGAAGCAACACGAAAGCGGCCAUCAUCCGCAUCGGCAUGAUGGAAAUGAUCGAGUUUGCACGCAUGUUCUACGACGGCGUUCGCGACGUCACCUUCUUCCAGAGCUGCGGCGUGGCCGACCUCAUCACCACCUGCUACGGUGGCAGGAAUCGCAAAGUCAGUGAAGCCCUGGUCAGGACUGGCAAGACCUUGGACGAGCUCGAGAAGGAAAUGUUGGGUGGUCAGAAGCUGCAGGGACCACCUACUGCCCUCGAGGUGCACAAGUUGCUAGCCGAGAAGAAUAUUGUAGACAAGUUCCCACUCUUCAGAAAUGUCCACAGCAUCUGCUACAACAAUGCCCCGGGCAGCUCCGUUCUGGAUGGCCUGAUUGGAUCCAGGCUUUAGGUGACACCUGAGCAAGGAACAGCCAGCGCCACAUCAUGUCACUCGGUAGCAAUGCUCUCUGGUGGACGUGACUUGCUCUCUGGGUGUCGACGCAUACACCCUUGGGACUGCAUAGCAGUUUGCAUGGUGCCAACAACGCAGUCGUUUGUGCACGUUCUGCUACCAUUAUUUGCGCUACAAUGGAUACUGUUGUUGGUAAGAACAUACAUGUAGACCUGCAUAUUGUGCAUCUAGGCUUCCUUUUUUAAUUAUUAGUCUCAUCUUAUGAGUUGCUAGCCUAUAGAUGUCUUUGUUCUAUUUUGACAAUUUUCAUAUUUUUAUGAAAUAUUCUCCUAUUUAUUCUAUCUAUUAGUGGAUUUCUGGCUACUGGAGCAUGAGCUGGUCAAGUUCAAAUUAUUCACAAUCACACCUCUGCGAUACUGAAUUGAGUACCAUGACGGCUGUGUUGCUGUGCUAGCUUCACACAGUUGUCAAUGCCAUCUGCCAUGUGCACGUGCCUAUCACUGAGGCCAAGAGUACCUAACCCCCAGGGAAUUAUGUACUCUUGGUGAAAUCACUGGUGAAACAAUCCGUACUACUACA